CAUGAGCUGUAACAAUGCUACCAUCUAACAGUGAGCUUUUCACAGAACAGUAGUGGCAGGAAAGGGAGAGACAAAGUUAUUAGAAAGGCCAUAUUUCUCUGCACAAAGAAUGCCAGAAUUAUAUAAUGGGGAAUUCUAUUCCAGGAAAUGGUGACUCUGAAAAUGAUGUGGGUGCCAUAGUGAAUAAUCAUCUGAACAUGAGCUCCCAGUGUUCUGCUGUUCACAGUUCAAGAAGGAUGUUGGUAAAGAAGACCCACAAGAAAGAUACCAAUAUAGUGGAUGGAAAUGUGGGCAUAUUUUGGCGGUCACCAAUGCAGUUUAAUACACAUUUGUGUCAGGCCUUUAUUUACUUUCUGAAUAUUUCAACAGAGAAUUUGAAUGAGGAUAAGGCUGAGGAAUCUUGCAAAUGUAAUGGCUGGAAAAACCCUAACCCACCUCCUACUCCUCCCAGGGCAGAUUUGCAGCAGACAAUUGUCAGUCUUGCCGACCCAUGUCGCAGCUGUAGUCAUGCACUAGCUGCUCAUGUCUCUCACCUGGAGAAUGUUUCUGAGGAAGAAAUGAAUAGGCUACUGGGGAUAGUGUUGGAUGUGGAAUAUCUCUUCGCCUGUAUCCACAAAGAAGAAGAUGCAGAUACAAAGCAAGUUUACUUCUCCCUGUUCAAGCUUUUGAGGAAAUGCAUCUUACAGAUGGGGAAACCUGUGGUAGAGGGGUCUUUGGAAAGCCCCCCAUUCGAGAAGCCCAGUAUUGAACAGGGAGUGAAUAAUUUUGUACAAUACAAAUUUAGUCAUCUACCAUCAAAGGAAAGGCAAACAAUAGUUGAACUAGCUAAAAUGUUUUUAAACCGCAUCAACUACUGGCAUUUGGAGACACCUUUGCAGCGAAGAUUGAGAUCCCCUAAUGAUGACUUUGCUGGCUAUAAAGUGAACUAUACAAGGUGGCUGUGUUACUGCAAUGUUCCCCAGUUCUGUGAUAGUCUACCUCGGUACGAAACCACACAGGUUUUUGGGAGAACUCUGCUACGCUCUGUCUUUACUGUUAUGAGACGGCAACUCCUGGAGCAGGCUAGACAGGAAAAAGACAAGCUUCCUCAAGAGAAACGAACACUAAUCCUCACCCAUUUUCCAAAGUUUCUUUCCAUGCUAGAGGAAGAGGUGUAUAGUCAGAAUUCUCCUAUUUGGGAUCAGGAUUUCAUGGUGUCCUCUUCUCGAACUGGCCAGCUAGGAAUCCAAACAGUUAUCAGUCCUCCCUCUGUGGCAAGGUCUGUUUCAUACAGUGCAAGUCCUUCAACUCUAGAACAACCCAACAGUGGAAAUAUGAGUCCUGCUUGCAAAGUUUCUUCUUGCCAUGACCCAACUCUAGGAGAAAAGAGAAAGAACACUGAACCUUAUUCUCAGGAAGAUUCAAAAAAGCCCAGAAUUGUAGGAGAUAUUCCUAUUGAAUUGAUCAAUGAAGUGAUGUCUACAAUUACAGAUCCAGCUGCAAUGCUAGGGCCAGAGACUAACCUUCUGUCAGCACAUUCAGCUCGGGAUGAAGCAGCAAGAUUAGAGGAGCGCCGGGGAGUGAUUGAAUUUCAUGUAGUUGGAAAUUCUCUGAACCAGAAACCAAACAAAAAGAUUAUGAUGUGGCUGGUUGGCUUACAGAAUGUAUUCUCCCAUCAGCUACCCAGAAUGCCAAAGGAGUACAUUACACGGCUGGUCUUUGAUCCAAAACACAAGACCCUUGCAUUAAUAAAAGAUGGUCGUGUGAUUGGUGGUAUCUGUUUCCGGAUGUUCCCAUCUCAAGGAUUUACAGAGAUUGUUUUCUGUGCUGUGACUUCUAAUGAACAAGUCAAGGGUUAUGGAACUCACCUGAUGAAUCAUCUGAAAGAGUAUCACAUCAAACAUAACAUUCUCAACUUCCUCACAUACGCAGAUGAAUAUGCAAUUGGCUACUUCAAGAAACAAGGUUUCUCCAAAGAUAUUAAAGUACCAAAAGCAAAAUAUGUUGGCUAUAUCAAGGAUUAUGAAGGAGCCACUUUAAUGGGAUGUGAAUUCAUCAUUAAAAAGAAAAAAGAGAUCAUUAAAAAGCUAAUUGAAAGAAAACAAGCGCAGAUCCGAAAAGUCUAUCCUGGCCUUUCCUGCUUCAAAGAUGGAGUACGACAGAUUCCUAUAGAAAGUAUUCCUGGAAUUAGAGAAACUGGCUGGAAACCAAGUGGAAAAGAGAGAGGUAAAGAACCCAAAGAUCCAGAUCAGCUUUACAGCACAUUAAAAACCAUCCUGCAGCAGGUGAAGAGCCAUCAAAGCGCUUGGCCCUUCAUGGAACCUGUGAAGAGAACAGAAGCUCCCGGAUAUUAUGAAGUUAUAAGGUUUCCCAUGGAUCUAAAAACCAUGAGUGAACGACUCAAGAAUAGGUACUACGUAUCUAAGAAACUAUUCAUGGCAGACUUGCAGCGGGUCUUUACAAAUUGCAGAGAGUACAAUCCCCCUGAGAGUGAAUACUACAAAUGUGCCAAUAUAUUGGAGAAAUUCUUCUACACGAAAAUUAAAGAAGCUGGAUUAAUUGACAAGUGACAGUUGUUUCUUUCAACCACUGUGCCUAACUUAUAGGCUCAGUAUGCUAUUCACGUUCAUGUAGCUUUGGGACUUCAUAUGUGUGUUGAAAAAACCUGUAUGUAUUUUAACUAGCACUUUUAAAAGCCCUUUUAGUUUUGCAAACAUGUAUUAUACUGAAGUUAUAGAAAAUGUUUAUUUUAUUAAAAUGAAGCUUUAUAAUGUAUUUAACAUUACUGUAAAACUUCUUUUGCAUACAUAUUUGCAGUAUGGUCAAGAAUAGGCUUUUUAUUGGAUAUCUCAAAAAAUUUCAUAUGGGAAUUUGCACAUGUUUGGGGAUUUGGAAAUUCCCAUCCAAUGAAUGUUUUAGCUUAUCUAAUGCAGUAUCUAUUUGAAGUUUUAUUUUUUUCCAGUAAAAACGAAACAUUAAGGGAAAAUUACAAUUUAAGAGGCACUGAAAUGUUUUGUCUCUACGUUUCAUUGUAGAGUCCUUUUAUAUAUAUUAUUUUUUAAAAGAAAUGGCUAGUUGAGAUGCUAUGGGAGAAGAGCAACUUAUUCUGCAAAGAAAUUGCUUUGGAUCUUAAGGAAAAAAUCCUAUAUAGAUGCAAACUUUUGUAUGGAUUUUGGUUUUGAUAAAUUAUUUACCUGCAAAACACUUGUGAUUUCAUAACCACUAUUUAAAAAAUAAUCAUAUUGACUUUGCUUAUGCAGGACAUAAGUUUCCCCCAAAUAAUUAAAAAACUAUGGUAGGCAUAUACUAUAGUCUCAUAUUUAAUUAUUUUAGUAGGGAUAUUUUAUUGAUGUACUUCAGUGAACCAUCCCAUUUCCUGGACUUUUAAUUGAUACAUUCUGUAGAGUUCCCAACACAGAUCAUGAAGACUGUUGCUUAAAUAGAUACCAAAACGUUACCAUAUCACAGCCACUAGUUUUAUUUGCCCAUAUGGUAAACUGGAUUUUCUACCAAGUUCUACUGUAAAUAUUUUAUUAUAAUAUGUAGACCGAGGAGUAUAUUUAAAGUGUUACAUAGCCAUGUUAAUAUAUCACUAGGUAUCAAAUCAAGCACUUGUGUACUACUGCUUACACUACAUUUAGGAAAGGUGCUCUUAGAUCCCUAAUAGAGAUUAAUACAGGCCAAAAAAUAAGUUGUCACUUGACAUUCAUUUUAUAAUUGAAAUUUAUAAACUGGUUUUCUGAAGCCUGAACUUUAAUGUAGUGUUUUUAUAUGUACAGAUGUUACACUGGCAAAGUGCAGGAAGUAGUUUCAGAUUGGAAAUAACUGAGUUGUGACAAAACAUAUUCUUGCAAAUUACCUGUUCAGAGUUAAAUCGCAAUGCUAUUCAACAACAGAUGCCAGAAAUUAAUUGAAGUAGUUAUUGUGGUACUAAAGGUAUUGAAAAUGUUAACAUUAGAUUGUCUCAAUGCUUAAUAUUGAAAUCAGUCUGAAUUACAUUUAGACUUGUAACUAUAAAGGUACAAAUACUACAAUUGUAUUGAAGCAUCUAGUACUGUCUGUAAACUGGGCCUACAGCUGCACCUGUUGAGCUUGGUAUCCUGUGAAAGUUUAUUUUCUGAGUAGAUUUUCUUACUGUCUUUAAAUCAGAUUGUCUCUUCUAUAUUGAAAGCUUUUCUUUUCUAAUUUAAAAAUUAAUAUUUUCAUAGAUAUUGUGCAAUAAAGCUAAAGUAGGAUGUGUGGUUUUGCAAAUGCUUUAACAGCUGAAAUUUUACAUUUGUAAAAUUAAUAUAUUGUACUGGUACAGAAUAGUUUUAAAUUAUAUAUAUAAAAACAUGUUUGGUCUCUUAUUUCAAUAUCUAACUGCUCUAAGACUAUUUUAUUAGUUCUCACGUUUAAAAAAUACAUUGAAGCAGUUUAUAUUUUUUUGUACUGAACAGACUUGCAAGACCCAGCUAUGCAUUUCACUUAUCUAUUAGUUACAGUGUGCGUACCUGCUCUCAAUUUAAUAUUGCAGGCCAAUGAAUUCAUUCGGAGUGUAAAGUCUGCAGUCAGGCACUUCUUCAUGAAGAGUAAUGAAACCAAAUAUAGUAUAUUCACUAGUGAGGCUGAAACAUUC